AUGUUAGCUCCACUAAUUAAACGGCUAGCUAAGGAAGCACGUUUCCAAGAAACUCAAGCUAAAAACGCUGCACUUGGGAAGAAAGUUAAGGAGGCUCCAGCUGUUCGAGGAAAAGGCCGGGGCGAGGCUGCAUUUUUCAAAGUGACUUGCAAGGAUAAUGGUCGAGGUAUGCCACACGAUGAUAUCCCAAAUAUGCUUGGUAGAGUUUUGUCGGGCACAAAAUAUGGUUUGAGGCAAACACGUGGGAAAUUUGGACUCGGUGCUAAAAUGGCACUUAUAUGGUCAAAGAUGAGCACGGGACUUCCUAUUGAAAUUAAGUCAUCAAUGAAAGGCCAGAAUUAUGUUUCAUUCUGUCGCCUCGACAUAGAUAUUCAUAAAAAUGUCCCUCAUGUUCAUUUACAUGAGAAAAGAGAGAACAAAACUCACUGGCAUGGGGCAGAAAUUCAAGUUAUAAUUGAGGAAAAUUGGACAACGCAUCGUUCAAAGAUCCUCCAUUAUAUGCGUCAGAUGGCGGUCAUCACACCAUAUGCUCAGUUCCUUUUUAGAUUUCUAUCUGAUGCAGCAGACAAAAAUUUAACAAUAAAGUUUGCACGCCGGACAGAUGUUAUGCCUCUUGUUCCACUUCAAACAAAGCAUCAUCCAUCUGCUGUUGAUUUAUUACUGAUAAAGCGCUUAAUCGCAGAGACUACAAAACAAAAUCUCUUGCAGUUUCUGCAACAUGAAUUUGUGAAUAUAAGCAAAUCGCACGCUGAACGUUUAAUUGGGGAGAUGGGACCUGAUUUUAGUCCAAAAAUGACAGUUAAGAGCCUUACAUCACAGCAGUUAGUUCGAAUACAUCAAUUAUUUCGGCAAGCUAAGUUUGAUGAUCCUAGUGGCAACUGUCUUAGUCCUGCAGGUGAAUAUAAUUUACGUCUAGGUAUCAUAAAAGAGCUAUACCCUGAUAUGGUGGCAACACAUGCAAGCAAGUAUAUUAUUUUAACCAAAGUGAACUCCAGAAGGCAUUUCAAAUCUGCAUCUUUGUUCAGCCCUCAGGUUUUUGAAGGUCAUCCAUUUAUUGUUGAAGCUGGGAUAAGCAUUGGUGGAAAAGAUGUUAAACAAGGUCUAAAUAUUUUUAGGUUUGCAAACAGAAUACCGCUUCUUUUUGAACAAGGUGCCGAUGUGAUCACAAGAACUGCAGCAAAAAGGAUCAAUUGGAGCAGCUACAAAAUUAAUCAACAGCAAGAUAAGAUUGGUGUCUUUGUGAGCAUUGUAAGUACAAAGAUACCUUUUAAAGGAACUGGAAAGGAGUACAUAGGGGAUGACAUAACUGAAAUAUCAUCUGCUGUUAAGUCAGCUCUGAAGCAGUGCUGCCUUCAACUGAAGUCUAAGAUUGCGAAGAAACUUCAGGCCCGUGAGCGGCAGGACAGGAAAAGGAACUUGAACAGAUAUAUUCCUGAUGUUGCGAGAGCGAUUAUGGAGACUCUGGUAGAAAUUGCAGAUGAAUCUCCCCCGAAACGGCCACGUUAUGAUAAGGAAGAUGAGGAACUCCUUGAGAAGAUAAAUUCUCAGGAGGUGACAGAGACGACCUUCAAAGAUUGCUUGACUCAGCAUGUUGAACAGGUUGAUUAUGAAAUGGCGCUGGACUACGCCAUGCAGAGUGGAGUGAGCAAGGAGCCCCGAGAAGCAAUAUUUUUGAACUCACUUGAAGGAUCUUACAAGUCUGUCGACUUUCAAAGUCCUGUAUUUGUGUUCAGAUUUAUUCGUUGA